AAUUGAUGGAAACAUGACUGUGUGUGUGUGUGGCCCAGCCCACUGUUGCACAACCCCUGGUUCCUUUGAGGAGGCUCUAGGUGGCAGGAUCCCUGACAUUAGCGUUGCUCUCUGGCUGCCUGCUGUCUCGAGCCAUGGCUGCACAGCUGGUUGUUGCUCUGCUGGCUCUCACCUCCCUGGGUGCUGCAUCUGAACUGGACUGUAAAGAGCUGGUUAAGCCUCUGGUACUGGACAGCCACAGCCCUAUCUAUGGGAAGUGGGUGCUCCAUGUGGGGUCGUGGGACCAGCCUGGCCUGAAGAGCGACCUGGUGUCGGUGAACAGCUCCUGGGUGGAACUGUCGGCUUCCUCAGACAGCGGAGUCAUCACCAUCUACUGGGCUGACCGCCUAAGUGAAGAUAAAUGUCUUCAGGGUGUGGCCAACGCCACCAUCUCAGGAAUGACCAGUCACACUAAUUGUGAUGCAUGCAGCCAAAGCACUUUACCAAGGUUUAAUAUCAAAGGUCACACUUCAUAUCAUGAUGGGAAGUACUAUGAGACCUGCUCUGACUGCCUCCUGUCUGAAGACACCACCUUCCUCCCUGACGGCAAGUCGAAGGGACGAUACCUUUUCCUCUUUACACGGACCGGCACUCUGGAGCCAUCUGAGUUAGAGACCUUCAAGAAGCAGGCGGAGUGUCUUAAAUUCCUCCCAGAGUACCACUUUUUAGGCGCAGAUCUGUGUCCAGAUGACAGGGAAACUUCACCUGCUGCUGAGAACACAGAGAGUGAUCAAACUGAUGUUCAGCCUACUGCAAAGUAAAGCAGAGCACAGAGGUGUCACAGCCCUGUGAAUAGCCUGCACACAUCCAGCUGAACAUGUACUAAAUAGUGUUGUAACGUGAUCUGCAUGUGCACUGAUAUAAUAUCAUGCUGUGGAAUAACUUUUCAUUCGUUGUCAUCCAGUUGGUUUCAGCAGCGACAAGUUCAAGGCCUGCUGGUGUCGUCAUGUUAGAUCUGUGGACUUAUUACUGUGUUUCUCUGCCUGCUAAGCUUUUUGACCUUUCAUGAUUUAGUUUAAGGAAAUGUGAAAUCUGAAUAGCUCAUGGCAUAUUCUGGCAGGUACAGUAAUGGCUGAAAAAAUCUACUUCAAUGCUUCCUUUAAAUCAAUUUAACAAUCUGUUGAGUAUUUAACUGUUUUCAACUGUGAGGUAAAUAAAACAGCUUUCAGCCUC